CAAGUGCAGAUUGUUAAUCUGGAGUAAUAGUCUAAUACCAAUUUUAUAUUUUAAUUAAUGAGUUACUAGUUCUAGUUUGACUGCUUCAUAUCUAUAAGAAAUCCACUGCAAUAUAAUGACUAAAAUCAACUGAAAUAAAUAUAAUUUUAAAUUAGUGUUGGACUCCUUCCCAAUGAGAAUUUUUUGUUUGUCUUGUCUGUAUCAACUUGGAAUUAGAGGCUAUAUGAAAUGCUAGUUACAUAAUCUUAGUCAACUUGAGUAUAAGUAAAAAAAUUAGCUAGCUCAGAAUAUGGUAGAAAUUAAUCAAGCAGCUAGAUCCUCAUCUGUACUGUUUAAGCUUUUCUCAUAUCCUCUGCUUUCUUGUUCAAGUCAGACAUGAAAACUGUAUGCGUUACUUUACUUCUGUUUGCCAUAAUACUGUUCAAAGUUGGAGCCCGCUCUCUGCAACACAGCUCAUCUAAUUUAGUUUCAGAUGGCAAUGAUAAUAUUGAAGCAGUCACCCAAACUUCUCUUCUUGUUUUUGGAGGAACAGAUUCUUCCGAGGACUGCAGUCUACUCUAUGGCUUGUUUCCAUGUUCUUAUACUGUUUUGGGGAAACUCUUCUUGAUUGUGGGAUAUGUUCUUCUGUAUAUAAUUGGAGAAUAUUAUGUCGUUGCUGGAGGUGAGCUGAUUUUUGAGGUUAAUGGCUCUGUAGGAGCCAAUUUGUUUCACUUCCUCAGUGCCAUUCCAGAUGCCAUUAUACUUCUAGUAUCCGGGCUCACUGCCAGUACAGAAACUGCUCAAAGUAAAGUUUCCAUUGGAGUAGGAUUGCUGGUUGGGUCAACUGUUUUCUACCUUACAGCUGUGUGGGGAUUAUGUGUUUAUGCUGGCAAGUGUGAUCUUGAGGGUACGGAAGGCCAAGAUACAAAAGACACAAAAAAGUUCAGCCUAUUAGGUUCUGGUGUGAGUACAGAAAUUUGGACUACUUAUGCUGCAAGGAUUAUGAUCAUAUCUAUCAUCCCAGUUGUUGUUUCUCAAGUACCUCAAGUUCUCCACUUAAGUUCAGGUGGCCAAGGCCUUGCAAUUUUAAUUGCUCUCAUUGUCUCCGUGGUACUUACUAUAGCUUAUAUCUUCUAUGAGUUCUACUGUGAACCUUUGAUACAGACAAGCCGUAUCAAUUAUGUAGAGCACAAGCAAGUUAUGUCAGGACUCUUAAUAUACUUAGAUUCUUGCGCACAAGGAGAGCUCCUAACCAGCGACGGUGAACCUAAUAAAGAUGUUCUCAAAAGGUUGUUUAAGACCCUUGAUACUGAUAGUAGUGGAUUUGUUUCACCUGAUGAAAUGAGAACACUGCUUAUCAAAAUCCAAUCAGCAAAGACUGGUUCGAGUAGGAAUCAUGAUCAAUUGGAUAACAUUAUGAAAGAGUUUGAUAGGUCUGGGGAUAAAUGCAUUGAUGUCACAGAGUUUAUCGCGCACAUAACAGAGUGGCUUAAUAAGGCAAAGCGUCCAAAGAAUGCUUUUCAUGAGCCUGGCCGCCGCUCAAUUAAGUACCCCUUUACGGGCAUACAAAAGGUGAUAAACCAAGAGCACUACAUGUUGGUGUCUGCGAAAAAUAAGAGGGACAAGGAUGUUAAAAGCCCCAAGUGGAUCUCCUUCAAAGCAGCAAUGAUGUUGUUGCUGGGAACUUGUAUCGCUGUUCUAGUUGCUGACCCUUUGGUAGAUGCUGUUGAUGAUUUCUCGGAAGCCACCAGCAUUCCAACCUUCUUUGUAUCUUUCAUUGUGUUGCCUUUAGCUACAAACAGUUGUGAAACAUUGUCAGCGAUCAAAAUGGCUCGCCAGAAGACCCAGAGAACAGUCUCAUCGACAUUGUCUGAGUUAUCCGUAACGGUAACACUGAAUAAUCUAUUCUGCCUAUCAGUUUUCUUGGCCAUUGUUUACAUCAAGGGAUUGUAUUGGGACUUCGGAUCUGAGGUGCUGGUUCUCGUUAUUGUUUGCAUUGUGAUGGGUGCUCUCACCAGCUUCCGCACCAUUUUGCCUCUUUGGACAUCGGUAGUAGCCGUCCUGCUUUAUCCCUUGUUGCUCGCAUUGGUUUACAUCCUGCAUUCUAUUUUUGGCUGGUCAUAGAUCAUGAUUGAAAUGUUAAAAAGAUGAAAAUAGAAUAGCAGUCUUUGGCUAGGCUAAACAGCUAGAACAAUAUAUUGCAUUAUUCUUUAAGUGCUUCAUUUUACCUUGACUAAUCUUCUCCUUAAAACCAACUAAUAUUCUUCUGUAUGCUCUUUGGUUAUACUACCAAACAAGAA